AUGACAAAACGGGUUUGUGCUAUUUUCUUUGCCCUGGCUUUACGUAAGUCAUCAAAAUUCAACAAAAUUGUAUGUUUGAGUUCAUGUUCUUUAGUUGCUCCAAGCCUUGCCCAAAGUCCGUUUGGAAGAAGGCCCGCUUUUCCGUCGAUGGGCAAUGGAGCCGGCCAAGGGGGCCGUCAAUGGAGAAACAUCCCAAUUCAAGUCAUAGAUGGGCCGCCUAGAGAUGGAGGACUCCAAAGCGGCGGAGGAAACAAUGUCGGAGGUCCUGGAAAUGACGGAGAAGACGGUGGUCUCCAAGGUGAGUUUAGCAUUACGUAUUUUCAAGGUCCCUCAAUUCCAGUAGCCAUCCUAUUUGACCCUUGUUUCAGGUGGCCCUCCAAUGUCCGGUGGACGUCCAGGCAUGCCUCCUACGGAUCCCAGCGCCGGCCCGGGAGGCCGGCAAUGGAGGAACAUCCCAAUACAAGUCAUAGAUGGGCCUAGAGGCGGAAGAGGUGGGGGAAAAAUACUUAUGAUUACAUUGAUUUAGGUCGGGGAAUGCCAGGAGGAUAUCGCGGUGGCGGAGGAGGCUAUAUGGGUCGAGGUGGCGGAGGUGGCUACAGUAUGGGUCGAGGUAGGCCUAUGAACCGAGAAUUUGGUUCUGUGGACUUACAGUGGCGGACCUGAUCCAUUGGCCAAAAAACGUACCAUUUUGCUUCCGGGAAUUAUCAAAAAUGCAGCAAAAUACCUCCUUCUCCAAGUGAAAAACUCCGAUUUCAAAAGCACGCCCGCUCUUUUUGUGAGAGAAAGGCCGCGCAGUUCAAAACGGAGUUUUUUUAGUUGGAGAAGGAGGCAUUUUGCCACAUUUUUGAUACUUCCCGGAUGCAAAAUGAUACGGUUUUUGCACUGGAUCAGGUCCCUGUACCGAAAUACAAAUUUUAGGCCGUGGAAUGCCUGGUGGAUUUGGUGGUGGUGGAGGCUAUGAGCGAAGCAGAGGUAUGCGGUUUGGCCAACGCUAA